AUGACUCUGGAGGUGGCGACAAUCAAUGGUGGACGAAUUCGCCAUUUACAAGUUGGAGAGAUGUCGUGGCUAGCACAAUUCGCUAAUUUUUGCAUCAAAAAUGAGCCAUGUGUUCUACACGAGUCGUUCACGACCGAUUGGCCUUCUCGAGAAUUAUGGGUUCGUGAAGAUGGUACGCCAGACCUGGAUUAUCUUAGAAAGCUAUACGGUGAAGGAUUGGUUCCUGUAAUCACGGAAAGCAAAUGUGAUCCCGAUGAGAUUACGUUCAAUAAGUUUUGCGACUACUGCGAAAGCCUGGAUGCUGCUGUCGAUUCAGAACCUCCGUAUUUAAAAGACUGGCAUUUCCAAAAAAGCUACGGUAUAAACAUGUACCACAUACCAGCAAUGUUGACGAGCGAUUGGGCCAACUGCGAGAAUUGGACGGAUGGUGAUGACAACCCUUUCCAUGGCGAUUAUCGUUUCGUAUAUUUUGGACUAAAAAACACUUGGACAAGAUUCCACUCCGAUGUGAUGUCAUCUCAUAGCUGGUCGGCAAACAUUUGUGGACGCAAGUUAUGGUACCUUGUCCCAGCUGGGAAUGAAAAUGUUUUUAUUAAGGAUGGCGAUCUUGUUAAGGACAUUAGACCGUAUAAGGAUUUAUGGCCUGAAGCAAAUCUUGCGGUGUUGGUUCAAAAACCAGGUGAGAUCGUCUUCGUACCGGCAAAUUGGUAUCACCAAGUUCAUAACCUGGAAGAUACCAUCUCGAUUAAUCACAACUCAAUCAAUGCUUCCAACGUACACCUAGUGUAUGCGUUUCUUUGUCGACGUCUCAUGGAUGUAAAGGAGGAGAUUGGCCAUCUGUCCAAUUUGUUUACGAAGGAAGAAAUGAUUGAACAAGAACAAGUGGGAACUGAUCGAGCACUCAUAUCAAAAGCUUUACAGAUCGUACUCGGAGCCGACGCUAGGCUUAACAUGCCACGGCUACGUUGCUUGCUUCAAAUGGUUGUCGUGGAUCGGAGUAAAGGUUUGAUGGCCACUUGUUAUGUAUGCUGUCAUCACUCUGAUCCAUUGGACUGUAUGAAGAAUUCUAGUUGUUUGAAACAAUUUGCUACUUAUUGUCAGUGCACCAAGAAGGGUUCUGUUUGUUGCGAGAGAUUCAUGCAUUCAUUUGAAUUGUCCGUAGCAAUAUCAUUGCUGGACAAAAUGACCAAAGAUGGAUAUUAG